CUCGGCACAUUGCUCUACCAUAAAGAAUUGUUUUGGUCCAUUACAUCGAUUUUUUCUUUACCUGGCAGUGUCUGUGAGCAUCAUCUUGGGUAUCCUUAUAAACUUAGCUGGCUAACUACACACUUAGUUGGAAAAGAAACAGCGAAAACAUACCAAGAGAUCCGUGUAUUGAGAAAAAAUGGGUGUGGUAACCAGAUUGAAAUUCACUCUCGUUGCCCUGUCGAUUGCAUUUGUACUUAAGGUAGUUAUAUUCUUCAGUCCUGGAUGGGCAAUAGUGAAUAUUCACUUCCCGGAGAGGAUUGCGGGGGACCUGAUGGAGGAAUCCAUGGAGCAGAUUAAUUCUGGUCACCCCGGCCCCAGGGAGCCGGUCGCCAUGCCGUACGACAAGGACGGGAUAGCCGAGGGUCACCGACUGUCCAUCUCUAUGGGUCUUUGGUACUUUGUGACCUGUCUCUACAACAAGCAGCCACACACCAUGUUCUACAGUAAGGAGUGUUUCCACUCCACCUACUCCUCAGCCCAGGAGGAGAUCAACCGACUCCCCGACAGCACGCCAUUCGUCAGAGGAACCUACGAAAAAAUCCACUAUGUGACGAAGUUUGGUCUGCUGGAGUUCCAGAUCGAGACAGGUCUGGGUAUUAUAUGCAGUGUUAUUGGGCUGAUCACCACGGCUCUGUACUACCGGACGGAGGGGAAUAAACGUCACGUGGGACUGGCGGCGUGUGUCUCCUGUCUGUUGACCGGAGUCUUCUUCUGGAUCGCUGUUGGUAAAAUUUCCAUGAGUUUGCUACACCUUCACGAAAUGAUAAAUAUGUAUUACGGAGGUAAUAUGUACGGUAUUUACGUCCCGAUCCCCUGGUGCCUCGUUUUGGGAGCCAUCACCUCCUCUACUUUCCUGGCGGUGGCAGUUGUGCAUCUCUUCAUCGUAUCACGUGAUAAGGACGACAAGAAGAAACCCGCGGUAUUUUCAACGACUUCGGAAAAGAGCACCACCGCUAUCCCCGUCGUGACAACAGAAUUUUAUCCAAUUGAAAGGACCGACCUCCCGCCAUUUGAGGCCAACACCAACGAGGACAUCGGGACAGCACUUCCCCUUCCAACAAAGCAAAAACUCUGAACUGUUUUCUUUCAGAUUGUUUUAAAUAUUUUGUUAGUUUUGUAACGGGUUUGUUAAGAUAAUUCUUAUGUAGGGAAUACUAUAACUAUUAAUAUUUUUAUUUCAUAGUUUUUUUUUAAAUAAUCACAUAAUUCAAGUUUGAAAUAUGUUUACAACAAGAUAAAUAAAUCAGUUUUAUAAAAGUUUAA